CAUCUCGAGUAAAAUCGGUCUUUCUUAUAAAUAAUUCAUUCUAUUCAAUACUUUGAUUAAAACGUAUACUAUUUUGUAAGUAAUUAAUUAAUAAUCAAUUACCUAAUGUACUGCAACAAUAAAUUAUAAUUAUUUAGCCGGCAUAAUUAUAAAUAAUGAGUAAAGGUUGUUGGAAAUUUGACGAGCAAGAUAAAGCUCUGUACAUUGAUAUUGAAGAGGAACCAGAAAAUAAAAAACGCAACAAAUCAUACAGCGCAUGGGACAGAUUACCCGACAUACUAUUAGAAGAAAUAUUUUCAUAUUUAACGAUACGUCAACGCUAUUACGCAUCUCUGGUCUGUCGAUCUUGGUACUAUGCAUUUAAAUUACCAAAAGUAUGGUCAAGAUUUACUCUCCAAGACACGACAUUGACCCGCGGAAAGUUCAACUAUUACAGCGGGUGGUGUUACGUCCUCGAUCACAUGCGAACCUCAACAUGUUUGCACAAAGUCGGCCGUCAUUUUCGCUCCCUAGUAUUCGAGCCCAUGUACAACUUUUACAAUCUGUAUGAAUUUAUGAACAUGAUUUCCUGGUUCUCUGAGCGUCAGAUCACCAACGACCCAGCGAUCCUCGGAGUCGGCACAAAUAUUCGUCAUUUGAAAUUCACAUUUCCCUGCAACAUGGCCAAUCGUGAUGAUCCAGAGCAGAUAAAAGUAUUUGGGACCGGUGGCAAACUUCUUGAAGCUGUAAAAAGGCUCGCCCAGAAUUUAAAAAAUUUACGCUCCCUAGAGUUCAUCGAUUUGAUGCUUGACAGCAAAGAAGCGCUUUAUUUUUUAGACACUAUUUGUGAAAAUUGUACUGAGACUUUGAAACAUCUUGUGUUAAUUAAUACAACUAAAUUUUACUGUCCAUUAUUACACGUCGGAGUAUUUCUUAAUUUAAAUGUACUUGUCAUAAGCCCGCAAAAUUUAGAUGACGAUGUAAUAGAUUUGAUUGGAUAUACUAAAUUAAAACACAUGCAUAUAUUUCAAAAUCGUUAUAGCCCCGUUGACACAACUGUCCGAUUGCCAAAACAUUCAUCAUGGAUAAAGUUACGUAAAAAUAAUCCGUAUCUAAAAGUUCACUUUGAAGUGGAAAGUAAUAAACCGGAUGUAGUACUACCGAUUGAAUUUCCUGAGCACAAUUCAAUACCGUGUCACAGUAUUGUGAUAGACAACCAGACAGCUCAGAUAACGGCCUCGAUGAUGUUGGCGCAGGCGAUUAAUUUUCAAAAGUCAUUGGCCAUUUACGCGAUAAAAAGUAUCCCGAAAUAUUAUCAGCAUCGAAGCUUCUCGAAGCGUAUAGACGAAGUCAUCGUACGGCUCUGCAGAACUUGUCCAAAUAUUAACACACUGAUGAUACGAGACAAAAUAUCGACCUCAACACUACUCGAGAUAGCGUCAACAGCAAAGUCAUUGCGCUAUUUAUACGUCCGACGUCAGGCUGUUUUAAAGCGAUGCGAUAAAACCUGGUCAUUGGUAACAGAGUGGACUCCGGAUCACGAGAACUGGAUAAAGUCGAACUGCAAAUCCUACGACAGUACUGAGAAAGAAAUCUCAAAGAUUUUGGGGUACAGGUGGCAUAUGCUUACAGAAAAAGAAUUUAAAGAACAAACUGUUAAUUUACAUGUAUAAUUAAUUAUUCAAGGUUACUUUACAUACUUUUACCUCUUACCAGAUUUAAAAGUCAUUUUCAAUUUAAUAAUAAUAGUAUAGACCUUUUAUACGUAUGACUUGUCAUACUAAUUGAUAGUAAAUAUUCAAAGGAUUACAUAAGUAUCAAUUUCCUAAAUUUUAUCAGGCGAAAAAUAUUUUCCACAUUGAUAUUUAUAUAUUUAUUUAUUUAUUUAAUUUGAUUAUUGUAAUUACAAUUAAAACUCAUUAAUUAAAAUAAAUAUGUUAAUGUCAAUUCAUAAUAGCGUCUGCAAACAUCAAUCGAGCGUUAUUUAUAAAUUUAGUUAUUAUGUAAUUAGCUAACACACGUACACAUUAACAUUAAUAUUUAUUAUCUAAUUAAAUGUGUUGUAUAUGUAAAUACUUUUUAAAAAAUUUAUAGUUCAAUUAAAGUAUACGAUUGUUGACUAAUAAUUUUACAUAUCCUAGGUCAAUUAAAAAGUUAUUACAAUGACGUUUAAUUACUCGAUUAAUUUAAAAAAAUAAAACAAACAAAAAAAAUUAUGUGUAUGACAUUAUAUAUGUAUGUAUAAAUUAGCAACAGAUAAAAUACAACAAAUAUUUAA